AUGGUAUCAUCCAAAUCGAUGAAAGAGGCUGGAUAUAUAUUCAUGUUUCCAAAUGAGCUGCCCCAUGAAGCUCCAUUCUAUGGGGCUGUACCGUCCGCCGAUAUUUUCCGAGAUUCCGAACAAUCUCUAGUUCCAUUAGUCAUUGAGCUCAUCGUCCAUUACUGCCUAGAAU